AUGUUGGAGCCGACUCUAACGGAACUGGAACCCUGUCUGAGGGCCUCUUCGAAGUCGCUGCUCAUGCCCAUGCUGAGUCUGAGCUUGGUGCCGAGCUCGGCCUCCAGUUUCUGCGACACCUGCACCAGUGUCUUGAAGUCCUGGUUCUCGUCCGAGGAGGUGGACUGUGCAAUGGAUCCGAUCGUCAUCAGACCUUCCAGAUGUAGCUUUGGACACUCGUCAACGAUCACCUUUGCCAGCUGCAAAACCUCGUCUGGAGAAACCCCGGAUUUCUGGUCUUCUCCAGAAGUAUUGACCUGGAUGUAA